UCACUUUCCUUUCUUUCUGAUGGGAAGCCACUGAUCUCAGCAGAACUUUCUGUCUCCAAACUGUGGCUGUUUCACAAAUCAGACAGAGCAGCUGAAUACUCCACUUAAGUCCCAUCCAAAUCUUAAAAACUGAUACAGAACAAUGGCAGUGACAACCACACUGACAUGGAACGAGGAAAGGAGUCUGCAAAAGCUACUUGGAAAUGUUUCCUUGAGACUUCUUUAUAAGUCUAGUGUCCAUGGAAAUAACAUUCAAAAUAUGAAUAAUAAGUGCAUUGGUCAAGGACCCACUAUAACAAUGAUUUAUCUUCCUGAAUAUACUUUUGGGAUCUUUAUUCUUGGGCAUUAUCCUGAAAUGGGUAAAAACUUUAAAGAGCCAAAUAAUUCCUUCUUUUUUUCAUUUCAAAAGAAUGAAACAAUGAAAAUGACAACUGCAUUUUUAAACUCAACAUUAGAAAUUACUAGUGAAGAUCUGAGAUUUGAUUUCGCUAAAUUUCAGAGUUUGUAUAUAUUACCAAGAAGUGAAAAAAUUUGUAUACCUGAGUUUUUAGAGGAAGAAUUAGGACUUACAUCUGACCUUUCCUGCAGAUAUUCGGAAUGUGAAGUUUUUCGAGUUGAAGGAAUUAAGGAUGAUGCAGGCUACAUAAGCAGGAUAACAGAAGCCACACAGCACAGAAAUAGUCUCCUAGAAGACCUCAGAGACUACAAGCCCUAUGCAGACCUGGUAUCAGAAAUCCGUAUUCUUUUGUUGGGUCCAGUUGGGUCUGGAAAGUCUAGUUUUUUCAAUUCAGUGAAGUCUAUUUUCCAAGGCCGUUUGACUCGCCAAGCCAUCGUGGGUUCUGACAUCACUAGCAUUACUGAACAGUACAGGAUAUAUUCUAUUAAAUAUGGAAUAGAUGGUGAAUCUCUGCCAUUUAAGUUGUGUGACUCCAUGGGGCUGGGUGAGAAAGAGGGAGUAGGAUUGUGUGUGGAUGACAUACCCCACAUCUUAAAAGGCUGCAUGCCCGACAGAUAUCAGUUUAGUCCUCAUAAACCAAUUACACCCAAGCAUCCUGCAUUCAUCACCUCUCCAUCACUAAAAGACGGAAUUCACUGUGUGGCUUAUGUCUUUGACAUCAACUCUAUGGACAGUCUCUCCUUUGCAAUGCGGGCAAAGCUCAUACAAGUUCAGAAAGAAGUAUUGAACCACGGUGUCGCACAGGUAGCCUUGCUUACUAAAGUGAAAAACAGCAAUGAAGUUCUUGAAAACAACUUCUCAAAGAUGAGUAAAUCUAUGAUUUCUCAAAGCCAGAUAAUAAUUGCCAGCGAGCUGCUAGGCGUUCCUAUUUCUAAAAUCUUCGUGGUUGAAAAUUAUGCUUCAGAGCGGGAGAUGGACCCCGUAAAGGACAUUCUGAUCCUCUCUGCACUGAAGCAGAUGUUGAGGGCUGCAGAUGACUUCUUAGAGGAUCUGCCUCUUGAAUAAACAGAUGCAGUUGUGGGAAUGGUCCAGCUCUGCAAGCAGUAUCAGUUGCCUUGAUUCAGACACUUGGCCCAAACUGGGGUUGCUGACAAUCUUCUUGAGGCUCUGCUUUCAUUUACAGUUUUGCCUCUGUCCCCGACAAUAUCUUCCUGAUGGUUCCUUCUAAAAUCAGUCAUACCUCAGGUGCAGAGGCCAACCCUGAGCAGUGGUGGACCCUACUGCAAACCACUCUCUGUAUUUCUUCACUAUUUACAGUUUAAUCCCUAUGACGCCUUUCUAAAUCUCCUCAGCAAAAUUAACUAUUCCCUUACAAUGAAAAAUCUGUGUGAGUACUAAUCACAUUGACUACAAAACGAUUAACAUACAUAUCUGUUGCUCUAAAUAAAUUGUGUUUUUGAGAAGCAGGGUUUGGAUUUGGCUUAUCUUUGUAUUCACAGAAAUUAGCACAGUGCCUGUCAGGGAGCAAGCACACCUGUUAUUAAGCAUCCCUCCCAACCUUCCCAGAGCGAUAACAUGUAUUUAAAGUUUUCUCCUUAUAGGAGAGAAGACUUGGACAGAAUGAAAUGCUGGAGAGAAAUAAAGGAGGGAGAAUGUUUCACUUAUCUCUGGAUGAAAAUAUGAAUUGAAGUUAAUUGAAAAGAACAAGUAUUUCUCAAGGACUUACAUUUUGUUUCUCCAAAAAAAAAAAAAAUAGUUUUUCCUUUAAUGAACUCAGGCCUGAUUUUCAUUAAUUGAA